AAUACCUCUUGAAUUUACAAUUGGUUCAUCUUGCUGAUUGUACUCACAAAAUUUUUGGUGUUCUUGGUGGUCGUUGUGUUCCUGCAUCUCGCUGCUAAUCAAUCUAUAAAAAUGGCUCCUCCAUCAUACCCAGACCUUGGCAAACAAGCCCGCGAUAUCUUCAGCAAAGGAUACCACUUUGGCCUCUGGAAGUUGGAUUGCAAGACCAAGACCCCCUCUGGUAUUGAAUUCAACACAGCCGGCCAUUCCAACCAGGAGUCUGGCAAAGUCUUUGGUUCUUUGGAGACUAAAUACAAAGUUAAGGAUUAUGGCUUGAGCUUUACCGAGAAGUGGAACACAGACAACACUUUGUACUCUGAAGUGUCUGUCCAAGACAAGCUGCUGGAAGGCUUGAAAUUGGCAUUCGAAGCCACUUUCGCUCCCCAAUCUGGCAACAAAACUGGCAAGUUCAAGGCUGCCUACGGCCAUGAAAAUGUCAAGGUCGAUUCAGACGUUAAUGUUGAUCUGAACGGUCCACUUAUCAACGCUUCAGCUGUUUUGGGUUAUGAGGGUUGGUUAGCCGGUUACAAGACCGCUUUCGAUACCCAAAACAACUCUUUGAAAACCAAUAACUUUGCCUUGGGCUAUGCUGCCAAGGACUUUGUGCUCCACACAGCUGUCAACGAUGGUCAAGAGUUUACUGGCUCAAUUUUCCAGAAAUGCACUCCCAAACUCGAUGUUGCCGUCCAAUUGUCAUGGACGUCUGGUGGUAACAACACCUCGUUCGCCCUUGGUGGCAAAUACCUAAUCGAUGAUGACAUCAGUGUUCGCGCGAAGGUGAACAACGCUAGCCAAGUUGGUUUGGGCUAUCAACAGCGUGUACGUGACGGUAUCACAGUCAGUCUAUCUGCCUUGAUCGAUGGCAAGAACUUCAAUGCCGGUGGCCACAAGAUUGGUGUUGCUUUGGAGUUGGAAGCUUAAGUAAAUAUGUUAUAACAACUUCAAGAGUAGUAAAUAAGUCAGAGCAUCGUCUUAUUAAAAAGAUACCAAUUAAAUUAUAACUAAACCCCAUCAACAAGAAAUAAAAGAGACAAAAAUGAAUUAUUUCAUGGCCAGUAAAAACCAA